CACCCAUACCAACUCCCCCUCGCCCACCUGCAGCCAUGUCGAAGAUCGAAAAGACAAUAGCACGCCAACAAGCGAAAAUCGAAGAAGGCCAAUUCUACGAAGCCCACCAACAGCUCCGCGUAAUCGCCUCACGCUACAUCAAACAGUCGCAGCCCGACCCCGCCAUCUCGAUCCUCUACUCGGGCGCACAGCUACUGCUCAAGGCAGGCCAGGGCGGGUCCGGCGGCGACCUGGCGCUGUUCCUGCUGGAGGUGUACAACAAGAGCGAGAUUGGCGUGAAUGCGGAGAGCAAAGGCCGGCUGAUCACGCUGAUGCGCGGGUUUCCGGCGGGGGAGCCGACGCGGAAGCGGUUCAUCAAUGAGGCGGUGGGGUGGAGUGCGCGGUUCGGGGAGAGCGAGAUGGGGGAUGCGGAGAUGCAUCAUGUGGCGGGCAUGUUGUUUGCGGCUGACGACGAGACGUAUGAUGCGGAGCGACACUUUCUGCUUGGCACGCGCGAUUCGCCUGUCGCGCUGAGCACGCUCGAGUAUGAAUGGUAUACGGAAGAUGAGCCGUCCACGGCGCCGCUGUACGUUUCACGGGCUGUGCUUCCGUACCUUCUCACGGGCAACUACAUGGGAGCGAAACAGUCAUUCUUCCUAUUUACGCGCAAGCUCGAAGAGAAGAACCCAGGUCUUCCAUCCAAGAAGGUUGACAACCAAGAUGUCGACGUCAACAUAUACCCAAGCAUGCCACUGCUCAAUUUCCUCGGCUUGCUGUUGUUGGCCGUCGAGCGCGGCGCCCAAGCACCAUUCUUGAAGCUACGAAAACAAUACGAGGCUCAGAUCCGAGAUGUCGGCACGUGGGGCGAUGCGCUGGAUCAGAUUGGCGAGAGGUACUUUGGAGUGAGGAUACCCAAGGCAUACAACCCGCUCGGUGACAUGAUGAACAUGUUCAUGGGCGGCGGUGGUGGAGGUGGCGCGCCGCAGCAAAAGAGGAGAGUCCAGGCUGCUGCUCCGGCGCCGGGUGUGGAUUGAGAUGUUGUGUGUGUGUACAGUGUCGCAUGUCUUUUUCUCUGCAUGCGCGCCAUAAGUAGCAAGGGAGUCUCCGGCGUCUCGUCUGUACGAUGUAAUAGUGACCAUAGCGUAUGCAUCCGGAAUAGACAUCUUUUUCUCACCU